AUGGGCCUUGGUAUGCCCCAGGGGACAGAUGUCUUGGGAUCUUUAACAUUUGGGAUGCUGCAAAUGCCGAAGUUAAAUGAAAUACCUCCCGGGAGGGAAGGCCGGGGGGAGACUCGGGGAGAGAGGAGAUGGCCUGGACAAGCAGGUCCUGAAGCUGCGAGGCAGGAUCGGGGGGCGCGGGGACAGGCGGGCGGCGCCAGAGCUCCAUGGGACAGCUGGGGAACCUGCAGGCUGUCGCCACAUCCUGGCUCAGGUUGGGAACGGCAUCACCCCUCCCUACUCUGUGCCCCCUCCUCCCCAACAUCCAUCAUGGAGAGUAAGGAUGAGAUCAGCGACACCGACAGUGGCAUCAUCCUGCAAUCUGGCCCCGACAGCCCUGUCUCCCCCAUGAAGGAGCUGACGCACGCGGUACGCAAGCAGCAGAGGGCCCUGGAGGCACGGCUGGAGGCACGGCUGGAGGAGCUGAAGAGACUCUGCCUCAGGGAGGCGGAGCUGACGGGUAUCUUGCCAGCAGAGUAUCCCCUCAAACCAGGGGAGAAGGCCCCUAAGGUCCGCCGCAGGAUCGGAGCAGCUUACAAACUGGACGAGCGGGCCUUGCACAGAGAGGACCCCCUGAGCAGCCUGGAGCGGGAGCUGGCCCUGCAGCUGCAGAUCGCUGAGGCGGCCCGGCGCCUGUGCCGGGAGGAGAACCUCAGCAGGCAGGCCCGGCGGCAGCGCAAGCACGCCAUGCUGCAGGAGGAGAAGAAGCUCAAGGAGCUGGAGCGCUGCCUGGGCGAGCAGCGGCGCGCCAGCGGGCCCCCUUCCACCGCUGCCCUGCCCCUGGGCCGAGAGCUCAGUGCCUCAGAUGACAGCUCUCUAUCAGAUGGGCUGCUCCUGGAGGAAGAGGAGUCCCAGAUGCCAAAAGCUCCCCCGGAGUCCCCAGCUCCACCUUCCCGGCCUCUCCCACCCCAGAGCCUCGAGGGCUUGGAACCCGCGGGGCCUGAGACUGGGGGCCCGGAGCGGGCCCCAAUCCAGAACAGCCCCUGGAAAGAGACUAGCCUGGACCACCCCUACGAGAAGCCCAGAAAGUCUUCUGAACCCAACAGCGAGUCCAGCAGCCCAGCCACCACACCCCAGGAUGGGCCCAGCACCUCCAGCCUCUGGCUGCUGGAGCCUGCCUCCUACCAUGUGGUUCCCAUUCACAGCCUUCCUGGCCAGCGGCAGGGCCGCAUCAGUGCCCCAGCCACCCCCGAGAUCCAAGGCAGGAGGGGCCAGUCGCAGUCUCUGAGGACGGACUCCUUCCGGGCGGGCCCCGAGGGCCGAGGUCGCAGCGCCUUCCCCCGCCGCCGCCCCACUUACUACACUGUGACGGUGCCCGACUCCUGCUUCCCCCCGACCAAGCCCCUGCUGCCCCACCCCGCCUACCACUCCUGCUCAGAGGACAGCGGCUCCGACGUCUCCAGCAUCUCGCACCCCACGUCGCCCGGCAGCAGCAGCCCCGACAUCUCCUUCCUGCGGCCGCUGUCCCCGCCCCAGCCGCCUCGCCACCGCGGGGCCUGGGGCCCGGCCGGCGCGCUCUACCCGAAGCUGCUGCUGCCCCCCGGGCAUUUGGCGCCCGGGCGCUACGUGCUGGUGGCCGAGAGCGCCCUGCCGCCGCCCGCCGAGUGGGAGCUGGGCCGCGCCGCCUCGGGGCCCGCCUACGAGGAGGACCUGCGCUGGCAGCGCCUGGUGGCCCCCCGCGGCCGCGUGCUGCGGACCCCCUCGCUCAAGGACAACCCCGCGGGCCGUGCGCUCAGCAAGGCGGCGGUCUCCGAGGAGCUCAAGUCGUGGCACGAGCGCGCGCGCCUCCGGAGCGGCCGCCCGCACUCGCUGGACCGCCAGGGGGCCUUCCGCGUCCGGAGCCUGCCCCCCGGGAGAGAGGGCUUUGGGCGAGCCCCGGGUCCUCGGACACAGGUGGCCACAGUGUAUGUGCCCCGGAGAUCACCCGAAGGGGCCCCCGUGCCAGUCUUUGUGCCUGAGAAUGGCGAGAUCGUCAGCCAGGUGUAA